CACCGAUCGUCGCUGCAAUGAAGUACAAACGCUUCUGGGUUUCAGUGGUCUGGAUGUUGAUGUCCUUGCAGCUAAUGCUUUUGGCAACUGCUCUUAGUGCCAGGCAAUGUGUCAAGCCAACUGCUUCACCAAAGCCCCCUGAGGAUCCUGACGACCCCACUGAUGAUCCCUGGGAUCCCACAGAUGACUCAUCGGAGGACCCAUCCGAUUCGACCGAUGAACCAUGGAAGCCCACUGCUAAGCCCACAGUAGUACCAACUGAACCGCCCUCGAACAUUACAUCUACUGAAAAUCCAUCGGAGCCAACUGAAAAUCCAUUGAAUCCCACGGGAAGUCCCACCAACGACGAACCAUCGGAGCCAACCGAAGAAUCCACUGAAAAUCCAUCGGAUCCCACAGGACAGCCCACUGGAGAAACGUCUAAUCCAUCAGAUCAACCCACUGACAGUCCCACAGGUCAACCGACUCAAGAAACAACUGAAGAGACUAAAAUACCGGCGGGGGAAACCACCAAUGAAGGUACUUCGGAUUCCACUGAAGAGCCCACUGGAGAACCAUCAAUUCCCACGCAUGAGCCAGAAGAAUCCUCGGGCGAUCCAUCAGAUCCGACAAGUGCGACCACCCAGACAAUUCCCAACGUGGAUGCGAACGCCUCCUGUAGAGCUCAUCAAGGUGUGCAAUUUCUGCCACAUCCGUACGAUUGUCAUUUAUACAUACAUUGCGAUGGAGAUAUUGGAUUCAUCAAGGAUUGUCCAAGUGAUCUGUACUGGAACUCGGUAAACCAGACUUGCGACAAGACCUGUGCCUAAGCAAAUAAAGUAAAGUAAUGUACAUAAAGUACAAAUAAAUAGCAUGCUCUC